GUACCGAAAAUACAGUGUGGAAUCGAGCUGUAAAUCCAAAAAAGAAAAAAAAAUACUGUGAAACAGCAUUAUUCGCCGGAUGACGUGUCGAACACAAUUUAAUGUUCGGAGUGAUAAUCACAUAAUUAUUUAAUUAGUUUAUUUAUUUAAUCCAAUCUUUUAAAAUUCAGUUAAAUUAAUUUAUUUUCUGAAUUAGUGAAUUUAUUCAAUUAGUUUUAUUUGUUUAUUAGUUUUUAAGGAUUUACAUAUUUAGCUGAUUGGGAUCUAGUCAACCAGAACAGACUUUUUUCGUGUAUCAGGCUAUAAGCUACAUAUGUUUUGACGGCUGGUGAUACUGCUCUUAGGCUUAAGCGGGUAGACUGGGAUUUGACCCCAAGACCCACUACCUGAAUCUCAGCGUCAAUGGGCCACAUAACCAGAUUAUGAUGCAGGCAAAAUACCACUUUGGUUUCGAAGGACCGGCUACUUUGCGGCAGUAUUCUAUUCUAAUCCGUGGCCGAGAAGUAUGCCUGUUGAAGUUCGUUUGAGUAUUUCGCCUUCACAACAUUGCCGGCAUUUUAUAGAACCAUUGCUUAAGUAAUGUAGAAUUCAGUCGUAAGGUAGGUUGGAUAAACAUCUAUCUCACGAGGUGACUGAAACACACGUCACGCUCGCCACUCCAAUAUUUAUUUUUAAGAUUCCACUAUCGCAAAUAAAUCUAAGAUGCAGAUAGAGAAGGAUAGUCAAACAGACGUCAUACCAGUUCGUGAAGUAAGUAAAUAUUGAAUUAAAUCGCAUAGGGAAACGGAGGUUGUAUGGGUAGUGUCCAUAUGAUCACAGGGAUCCACAGUUAGAACCUCUAGCUGAUAAGCCUGUAGAUGUAGAUGAAUUCAUCCAAUGUCUUAUUACUGGUGAUUUGUUUACUUUGUUCCUUAUCGCAGCACUGUAUUACCCUUCGUUGUACAACUUUUCCUUUGUCUUCUUUUCUGCUCUUUUUCCCUUGAUAUCAUUGCACCUGUAGCUGAUUGGUCUAGACUCUUGACUGCCAACCGAGGGACCAUGGGUUUUAUGUUGAAUCCAGACAGAGACAGACCAUGGGUUCGAAGCCCGCUCUACGCACCGAGGCUUAGGCAGUUCCGAGCAGUAUGAUUAGCCCUCACAAAAUAGCAUUGUGUAGGCAAUCAUCGUCAUUUCGAAACCCUCCUAUUAAUGCAGCAGCAGCAGGAGUAUCUGGAACUACAUCGAGUACAACUACUUCUAAAAGUUCAACACCACCUCCACCUCCAUCACCUCCAACUUCCCAACAGAUUGAAGUAUUAGUGGAUGGCAAACCUGUUUUAUGCGAACCUGGUAUGACUAUUUUACAGGCAUGUGCCUUAGCUGGUGUACAAAUACCUCGGUUUUGCUACCAUGAACGUUUGUCAAUAGCUGGAAAUUGUCGUAUGUGUUUAGUUGAGGUGGAAAAAUCUCUGAAACCUGUUGCGAGUUGUGCAAUGCCGGUAAUGCGUGGCAUGAGCAUCAAAACAGACUCAGAAGUAACUCGAAAAGCACGUGAAGGUGUUAUGGAGUUUCUGCUGGUUAAUCAUCCCUUGGAUUGUCCUAUUUGUGAUCAGGGUGGGGAGUGUGAUUUACAGGAUCAGUCAAUGAAUUUUGGGUCAGAUCGCUCGCGUUUUGUUGAUAAUCGGUUCACUGGGAAACGUGCUGUGGAAGAUAAAAAUCUUGGCCCUUUGAUUAAAACAAUAAUGACUCGUUGCAUACACUGUACAAGAUGUGUAAGAUUCGCUAAUGAAGUAGCUGGCGUCCCAGAUCUUGGCACUACUGGUCGUGGAAGCUCUCUCCAGAUUGGUACAUAUAUUGACAAGCCUUUCUUUAGUGAACUGUCCGGUAAUGUCAUUGACCUAUGUCCUGUUGGUGCUUUGACGUCUAAACCUUAUGCAUUUACCGCACGACCAUGGGAGACAAGACGUAUUGAGUCAAUUGAUGUUAUGGAUUCGAUUGGUGCAAAUAUUGUGGUCUCUAUGCGUACGAAUCAAGUUUUAAGGAUAAUUCCGAGAUUGAAUGAAGAUGUGAAUGAAGAAUGGCUAGCCGACAAAUCUAGAUUUGCCUAUGAUGGUUUAAGUCGACAGCGUUUAGUUGUUCCAAUGGUGAAAAAGUCUGGUAAGCUAGUUGAAAGUACAUGGGAAGAGGGAUUAAUUGAAAUUGCGAAAAAAAUACUUCCCAUAUAUGAGUCGUCGAAAGAAACAACAUGUAAAGAAAAUCAAAUAGCUGGACUAGUCGGUCCAUUUGCAGAUGCAGAAUCAAUGACAGCUAUGAAGGAUUUAAUUAAUCGAUUCAAUUCAGAGUUGGUAUGUACUGAAGAAAGUUUUCCAACUGACAGUGUGGAUCUGCGUACGAAUUACAUAUUCAAUAGUCAUAUUGCUGGUAUUGAGGAGGCGGAUCUUGUUAUACUUAUUGGUACUAAUCCACGUUUUGAAGCACCUUUGCUUAAUGCACGUUUACGUAAAUGUUGGGUGCAUAACGAUUUGGAAAUUGUAUUGCUAGGACCAAAAGUUGAUUUAACUUACGAUUAUGAACAUCUUGGUGAUCAACUCGAUGCUCUACAAUUAAUAGCUUCUGGAAAGCAUCCACUGAAUAAGAGUUUACAAUCUGCCUCUCAUCCAAUCAUCAUUUUGGGAAGCGAAUGUUUACAACGUUCAGAUGCGAAAGCUAUUCAUAAUACUGUACAACGUAUUGCCACGAAUCUCAAAGAGUCUAAAAAAUUAGACUAUCAAGUGUUCAACAUACUUCAUCGUUGUGCUAGUCAAGUAGCCGCUUUAGAUUUAGGCUAUACACCCAACUAUGAAUUAAUCAAGCAAGCCAAACCCAAAGUCCUAUUACUUUUGGGCGCUGAUAGAAAUUUAAUCACACGUGAAGAUUUAGCACCAGAUAGUACUAUAAUAUAUAUUGGACAUCAUGGAGAUGCCGGUGCAACAAUGGCUGAUAUUGUUUUACCUGCCUCGGCUUACACAGAAAAAGAUUCAAUUUAUGCUAACACCGAGGGACGUGCUCAACAAACUCGACUAGCUGUCGUUCCACCCGGGAUUGGUAGAGAAGACUGGAAGAUAUUUCGUGCAAUCUCAGAAGUAACAGGUGUCACUCUGCCUUAUGAUAAUUUAAAUCAAAUUCGAAAUCGAAUUCGAGAAAUUGCUCCAGGACUUUUGAAUUUCAAUACAAUUCAAUCACCGUCUAAAGAAGUACAAACUGUGUCUGAUAAUUUAGCCAAAAUUAGCUCAAGUUCAUCUCAGCUGAAUACAAAAGAACCAAUCAAAUUAAGUUUGCUUACAUUGAAGGAUUAUUUCAUUACAGAUUGUAUAAGUCGAGCAUCUCAAACUAUGGCAAAAUGUGUGAAAGCUGUACAAGAAUAUGAAAAAACUAAGAAAAUAUAA